UUUUUAGUUCAGUUUUGUGUCGUCUGUUCUGUCACUGAUAAAUGAUACACAGCAGCCUGUUUGUCAGCGAUGGGGAAUAUACAACAGAGAAAGCUUUGCUAUUUUAUCCUGGUCUCUCUAUGUUUGACCUGUACUCCACCUGCUGCAGAUGGUCAGAUCAGACUGGCUGGGUCUACUCGCUGUGCUGGGAGAGUUGAAAUCUAUUACAACAACAUCUGGGGAACAGUCUGUGAUGACGACUGGGACUUAACUGAUGCUAAGGUGGUGUGCAGACAGAUGCAAUGUGGUACGGCACUGAGUGCCUUUAACUCGGCCCACUUUGGUGCAGGAACUGGUCAAAUCUGGCUUGAUGAUGUGGGCUGUUCAGGAAAUGAAAGGUCUCUAACUGAGUGUCAACACAGGGGAUUUGGGACACACAACUGUGGACAUGGUGAGGACGCUGCUGUGGUGUGUUCAGGUGUGCCAAUCAGAUUGUCUGGGUCUACCUUGUGCUCUGGAAGAGUUGAAGUCUAUUACAACAAUGUCUGGGGAACAGUCUGUGAUGACGAUUGGGGCUUAAAAGAUGCUGGUGUGGUGUGCAGAGAGCUGGGCUGUGGUGCGGCACUGAGUGCCCCUGACUCAGCUCACUUUGGUGAAGGAACCGGACAGAUCUGGCUUGAUGAUGUGGGCUGUUCAGGAAGUGAAAGGUCUAUAACUGAGUGUCAGCACAAUGGAUUUGGGAAACAUAACUGUGGACACGGUGAGGAUGCUGGUGUGGUCUGCUCAGCAAUCCUCCCAAAGCCCAGAAUCUCAAUGAAUCCUGCUGGGGAGGUUACCUGGGGUCAGAAUGUCGGCAUCACUUGUUUGGUCUCAACUCAAACUCAACAGCUUUUGAGUGCAACAUUCACUUUGAGAAAGACUUCAGGUUCAUUCAGAAAGACCCAAAGUUCGAGUUCCAACUCUGCUAUGUUUAAAAUACCUAAAGUCAACUUUAAUGACGAAGGAUCGUACCAGUGUCAGUAUCGGACGACAGUUUCGAGUCAAGACUUCAGCUCCCCCUUAAGUGACUCCAUCAGACUUUCUGUUACUGGUAAGGAAAUUAAUCUAUUCCCUGAACUUGAUAUUUCAUUCACGUUUUGAAAGAAGUACUUCAACAUCUUGGGAAAUAAACUUAUUCGCUUUCUUGUUGAGAGUUAAAUGAGUAGAGUGAUUCUACUCUACCAAUGAGUGGUGUCACUCCUCUCAUUAAUUCAACUGCCAGAACAAAUGUUGGCACCAUACAUUUCUGAAACCACAAAUACGAUACAUUUCUACCUUAUUAUGUAGCGGAUAUUGUGAAACAUUACAUUACGUUUCAACACUGUGGUUAACGUGUGGUUUAGGCUAAAAAAAACACCUCAUUUUGGUUAUCAAAGUUCCUGUUUUGGCUUAAAACAACCAAUUUUGGGGGCACAGUCCAUAGACUGUAAAAAUAAUGGACAUAGCAUCCGUGAUGUCACCCAUUGGAGACCUCGAGGUUGGCAUUUUGGCCGUCACCAUCUUCGAUUUCUACAACCAGACAUGCAACUUUUAGGAUGAAAGGGUGGAGUUGUGGAGAAGCGAGGGGGAGCCAGAGGACACACACGCCCGCCUAUAUCGGCGAUCUGACUGAACACUGCACCCAGCUUUGCCGUGCUAAAUUGCCGCUAACAAAGUUAGCUUCCGUAAUUCAAGGUAAACUUUAGAGGUAAGUAUUAAAGUCAUCCUAGUGACGUUAGCUAAUUGCAUACUUGCCCAAUAGUGUAUUUUCAGAUAACUGUGUGGAGCUCAUCUAACAAGAGAGUUGUUUCUUUUAUUUUUCUCAGUAGCCCACAAUAUGACACAUCACUUACUAUGGUAAUGGUAACUGGCUGCAUUUAUGGGACUCACAUCCCCAUCAUAGCUCCAUCUGAGAAUAAAGGAGAUUACGUGAAAAGGAAGUCAUUUCACAGUAAUUCAACAGUUCAGUUAACCUCAGCCUAAUAUUGCAAGAAUGAAGUCAGUAUAAGCAAAGUUUCUUAGCAGUACAAUAUUUUUGUGUUUUAUAUUGAGUUGCUGCCAAGUGCGUUUGGACCCCACCAAAUUACAGCUGAAUAAGAGGAUAUAGCACAUUAUAUCAAAAUAUAUGAACAUCAUUAACAUGUUAAAAUGUUAAUAUAUUUUCUGUAUAUUAGACAAACAUUAAGGCAUCACAUUACAUAACAUCACUUCACAUUACCUAUCAAUAUGCUUUGCAAUCUGUUCCCAUGCCACCUCAUGCUAUUUAGCUGCAGCUGAUGUAAUAGAUUUUUUUUUUUUUUUUUUUUUUUUUUAGAAGACACAUACCCGGUCAUUAAAAUCUACGAUUCAGUUGGGAUGAAUUAAGUGGAUCAGCGUUUAACUCUGCUUUCUGCCAAUCAUGUCAUCUGCAAUCCAUUGAUGACAGCUUUUGGUGCUAUCUGUGAACAUGCUUCCCUCAGGCUGAACAUACUCAAGACUUGAUUGAGUUAAUUCUGAUCAGCUGUUCUGGAACCAAAAACUCUGAGUUUCCCAGCUCAGUCUCAAUCAACUCUGAGAUCGAGAUUAGGCUCAGAGUUUGCUGAGCCUGCUUUCUGAAAUUGGGCCCUGGGCUAUCUGUGAAAGAUGCAGUUUAUUUCACCACAAUGGUAAAUUAUACAGUUCAGCUGAAUCCAUUAAAGCCCAACUUCAGCAACAGUGAAAUGUUCAUGCCCAACAGUUAGCUCAGAGUUGAUAUAGUUUAUUGUUUUGAAUUAUUAUAUCAGUGUGCUGUUCCAAGAACAUCACUUCAUAGAGAGAGGAUGUUACUGGGACAAACCAAGAAUCUGUCAACAUGAAAAGGCGUCAGAACAGGGUGAAUAAUGGGUCCUGGACAUUUUGCACCUUACCUCUAUUAAGUUGGGACUGUGGCAGUGGCUUCUCCACUGACUGUUGCAUUAUCCUCACUUUAAUUGUAAAGGGAGCUUUCAUCUCUCUACCCAUACCAGGAUUUGGACUUUCCUGAGUGAACAGUCUGCUGCACCAAGCCCUGUAAAGUAUUAUUUUUAUAUUGUUGUUUCUAAUGUCAACUAUUUCUACUGUCAUUUAUCCUUGUUAUUAAACUUGCAGUAUGUUGCACUGGAAAUUCAA